CCAACAGCAAGGUGUAGGUAUGACAUCCGCGGAGGAGGCUUUACCGCGUCGUAAAGGCCAGCGCUUGGGUGUUUGCAAAGCUGCCGACAACUGUCAAGUGUUUCGUUGGAGGUAUUCCAAAGAACAAACAGAGAGAGGAAAUUUUGCAGGAGAUGGAAAAAGUAACAGGUGGUGCAACGGGUGUCUGUGUACCUUCGUUCGAAUGUGGACCUCGCUACGUGAAUCUGAAUUAUAUAGGGGAGGGAGCUUACGGAAUGGUCGUGUCGGCUCUGGACAGCAAAAACGGCACCCACGUAGCCAUAAAAAAGAUUUCCCCCUUUGAGCACCAGACGUGCUGCCAGAGAACGUUGAGAGAGAUCAAAAUAUUAACCAGGUUUAAGCAUGAAAAUAUAAUUGAUAUCCGGGACAUCUUAAGGGCACCGACCAUCAGUGAAAUGAAAGAUGUUUACAUCGUCCAAUGCCUGAUGGAUACAGACAUGUACAAGCUGCUGAAGACCGAAUCCCUGGGUAACGACCACGUCUGUUACUUCCUCUACCAGAUUCUCAGGGGUCUCAAGUAUAUCCACUCCGCUAAUGUCCUUCACAGAGACCUCAAACCUAGUAACAUACUCCUCAACACUAGUUGUGAUUUGAAGAUUUGUGAUUUUGGCUUAGCACGAGUGGUUGACCCAGACCAUGACCACACGGGGUUCCUCACAGAGUAUGUGGCCACCAGAUGGUACCGCGCCCCAGAGAUCAUGCUCAGCUCCAAGGGCUACACAAAAUCCAUUGACGUGUGGUCCGUGGGAUGUAUCCUGGCGGAGAUGUUGGCUAACAGACCGCUGUUUCCAGGGAAGCACUAUUUGGAUCAGCUGAAUCUCAUUCUUGGGGUGCUGGGCUCCCCCACCCAGGAAGACCUCAACUGUAUCAUUAAUGAAAAGGCUAAAAGAUACAUUGAGUCUUUACCUUACAAACCCAAGGUACCCUGGGAGAGACUGUUUCCUAAAGCUGACAAGAAAUCCUUAGAUCUGCUGGAGAAGAUGCUGACCUUUAACCCACACAAGAGGAUAACAGUAGAGGAGGCAUUAGCUCACCCUUAUUUAGAAGAGUACUAUGAUCCUACUGAUGAGCCUGUCAUCGAGGAACCAUUUACCUUCGAGACAGAACUAGAUGAUCUUCCCAAAGAGCGGCUAAAAGAAUUAAUAUUCGAAGAAGCUGUCAAAUUCAAAGAAACAUAUGAGAGUAAUCUCCCUUCCUGAAGGAUACGGUGUGCUUGGAGACCUCCGCCCACUGAUCAACAACAUUCGACCUGUGUAGGCACUACGGAUUAUUUUUACCGAUUGAGGUAAAUUUUUCUUUGUUACUCAUGAUAUAUUGGCGAGAACAUGACUGAUAACAUGUUCUGUAAUCGUAAGAGGUAACUGUAAAAGGUUAUUAUGAAACGUAUUGUAAGAACAGGCUGAUGUUUUCUUCGGACAGUGUUGUCUGUGUAAGCCACGUGACUUUGUACGGCGAAGUCCAUGUUUCCAGUCUUUGUCGCCUUUCCUUGGGAAUUAGCGAAUACACUAGUCUUUAAUUAAGUACAUGUAACUGUGACGCACAUUAAUUUGUAUCUCUGCGAGGGAAGUUUGUCAAGGUUGUAAAUAGGGAAUUUCAAGAACAAUUACCUGAGCGGUUUGUGAUUACUGUAUUUGUAGUUACUUUCGCAUGUAGAUGAUGAGCUGGUUAAUGCGAUUGUCAGUUUCAGUUAUUUUAACUGAUUUUCCACUUCGUCCGAGUGACGCCUGUGUAACUUAGUAGUUUUAUACAUGCACAAUGUUAUAAGCAUUAUGUUGUACUGUAUUUGUGUUACGGUAAGGUUUGCAUUCAUUUACUGUAGGUGGUGUACUUUGAAUGAGUUAUGUACACUGUACGUAAUAUCAGGUAUCCUUGAUACAGUAGUAUUUACCAUAGUACGGUUAUUGUACAGUACAUAUACCCUGUAUUGGUUGAGUUCCUUUCUGAUUUACACCUGUGUAGUCAUUCUGGCAUUAGGCAUUACAGUUUUCUGUUUUAUUUUAUUGCUCAAAUCAAUUGUUGUAAUACAGAAACUGUGUUGAAGACAGGCCAGAGCCGAUUGUAAUACAUGUACUUAUGCAAGUAUGAUGUAAAAUGUUGUGUUCAUGGAAAUAAACCGCCACUU